GGUGUGAAGAGACAUGAAGGAAUCUUUGGUGAGGUUAGGCCAAUGGAUGAUGAUCAUAUAACCCUAACAAACUUAUCCCCUUCCUUUAACCCUCCAUUGCCUUAAUGUAAAAGAAAUUAAAAGAGCUAACUUGGGAAGACAGGGCUAGGAAUAUUAUUCUUCCUAACAAAAUCAAUGUCUUCUCCUUUACACCAAAGCAAUGAGCUGGUUUUCCAGAUUUCACCUAAUCCCCACAAAAAGCACAAAAUCUCCAAAGAUCUGAUUCUUGGGACUACUCCUGCCUCACUGGAUUUCGCUGUUUUUGACGACAAAAAGAAGGCGAAUAACGACGGCUGGUGGCGGCAGAGGCGGAAACCAAUUGCUGCUGCUAGUUUGGAAAACAGUACUACUAGUAUUAACAACAACAAGAAGAUGAUGAAGCAUCGAGAUAUUGAAAGGUUAAGAAGGCAAGAAAUGGCUACUCGUUAUGCAUCACUUAGAUCCCUUCUUCCUCUCGAAUUAAUCAAGUGGUGGUGGGUGUCUCAGGGAAAGCGUUCUAUAUCCGACCACAUAAUUGAGGCAGUGAAUUACAUAAAACUCCUCCAGAACAAGAUCAAAAAGCUAGGAAGCCAGAGGGAUGAGCUGAAAAAGUUGUCCAAUUCAGCUACUAUUUCUGACCAUGAAAGCAGAAGCUCAAGCACGAGUCCGCCGGCGGCGGCGGCAGCAAGCCGGCUCUCGGUGCAGCCGUUUGGCAGCGGAGUCGAAAUUAUCAUCAGCAGUAGUACUAGUAGCUUUCCUCUGUCAAGGGUUUUGGAUGUGCUUCUUCAAGAAGGGCUUAGUAUCGUUCAGUGUUUUUCCACCACAAUAAAUGACAAAUUGCAUCACACAAUUCAUUCCGAUCGGGUUAAUAAUGUGGAAACUAUCAAUUUACCAUCGCUUGAAAAGAAACUAACGGAAGCGAUUUCAUCAUCCUGAGUGGAAAUCUUUAUAAUCGAAUUAAAAGUAACAUUAUUAACACCUCUUCCUUUGUUGACUUUCUAUGUGUAGUCACAAUCUAACGUUUUGUUAUUUUUGCAAUAAAGCUUGGUGAAGUAUACUCAAAAGUAAAUUUCUAACA